AUGAGCACCUCUACAUCUUGCAGUGGACCUAGAUUGACAGCAUCGGCGUCGAAGCUGUGUUUAGAGCCUUCUGCGUACGGGAUGUUGUCGUAGAACUUUCGCAUACCACUGUCUCCUUCUUCACCGAUGAUGUUUAUCGAAGGUCGGAAGGUACCAGUACUGGCGGUCGUCAUUAGAGUGACCGUGUAGAGGAUAUCUACCUUUUUGAUGUAGAACCGCUCGUUGUUCUCCAUUUCACCGACACCAAUUCUGAGCUUUUGUAAGGUGUCCACACUUGAUCCUUUUAUGAUAUUGAUCACGGACUUGAUCGCCACAGUCACAUACGUGCUGGCAGCGCCACUGGCCACUAAUCCACGACAGCCUUUAUCACAUAGCAGCUUAUUGGUCUCACCUCAUAAGUGUAUUGUGAAUCAGCAGAUUCAUUCGAUUGCAACUCCAUCGGAUAUGCGUUAUAUCCAGAACAUAUAG